AUGGCGACGAAUUCGACGGCGACGUUCGAUCUCCUCCCUCACAGCAAACAUGUCAACUGGGAAUCGUCUGAGACAACCUUCCGGAUGUAUGUUGGGUAUGUCUCCCUCCUCUUUGACAUCGGUGUCCUGACAUAUCACUUCACCACCCCCUUCCACCCCAAGUUCUAUGUCAAGACGGCAAGGAGACGAGUUCUCCAACUUCAUAUUCUCUCUGGAUGCCUUGAGAAAGACCCAACAAAGUACGCCUACGCGGCCGCAGCAUUCGGAGCCAUCGCUCACGUCCCCACAACUUUCUACCAGAUCCCCACUGUCCUCGGCAUCAAAGCCUUCCUCGUUCCCUCCCUCAGUCUUGUCACCGCUCUCCACGGAUACUUUGCCAUCAACCUCGUCCUCAACCCCACUUCCUUCUACUACCUCCUCUCGACCUAUCUCACCGUUCACAUCUACGCCUGGUCCCGUGUCUUUUUCGCUCUGUACUACCGGUUUAAGUUGUUUGAGGGACAUCGCUUCUCGGCUGCCAUGUUGACCAGUGGUACUUUGCUCAUUCCUUCAGUCCUUGGUCUUCGUGGAAACAUUGGCUUGAUCGCGUUUGUCAUCACUUCCGACAUUAUCCUCCGCUCGAUGACCUCAGUUGAGUUCUGGAAGUCCUGGACGACUGAGCACCCCCGAGAGCUGGCCUCCAACCCCGGGAAGAAGGUCGUCCUUGAGGCCCUUAUCACUGCUGCCGAGAUUUCCAACACCGUCGACUCCCUCUCUGCUCAAGACCCUAAGGAUCGCUACUCCCGUAUCUGUGCUACUGUUAUGACCGCCAACGCCCGCAACACCUCCCCGCGCGAGAAGGCUUUUGCUGUCUUCCGAGCCAUUGACGUCAACAGAGACAACGAGCUGUCAGUAGGCGAGUUCAAGGAUUUCCUGAUUGCUUGUGGAAUUACGACAUUCGAGAUGGAGGACAAGUUGAUGUUGGAGGGUUUGUUCGAAAACAGAAAAGUGGUCACCGCGGAUGAUUUCUGUGCAUGGUUCACAAAGAACUGGAUCCACACGUCUUCGAUCUCAGUCCCCAGGAUCCCAAGCACCCCCCGUGGACAGGCCAAGUUGGUGUUUGAUACCUUGGAUGCUGAUGGUUCUGGAGCCUUGGAUUUGGUCGAGUUGGAGACUUUGUUGACCUCUUGGGGUCUCCCUCAUAACGAGGCGGUCGGAUAUUUGAAGGGCCACGACAAGGACCAGUCGGGCACGAUCGAGUUCCCUGAGUUCUACGAGACCAUGGGCACCGUCUGGAAAUUUGCCAUCCAGUCCUUCAUUGACGAGGGCAAGAUCCGCAUCGAGGAGUAA